CGGGAUUCCUUACUCCUAUAUAAGACGUACCACGUCGUAUUUUGGAGUAUUAUCGUACUGACUGCAAGCCAGACGGACAUACAAGCUACAACAUGUUCAAGCUGCUCUGCUUCCUCGCCUUCCUGGCAUUCGCCGCGGCCGCGCCUGCGCCCGCACCCGCACCCGCUCCGGGCGCGAUCAUCGGCGCCCCGCUGGUCACGUCUUACAACGCGCCCAUUGUCUCCGCGCCGUUGGCCUACAGCGCCUACAGCCUGCCGACUUACAGCGCGUACUCGGCGUACCCGGCCUUGCCGUACGCGUACAAGAGCUACGCGGCCUACCUCGCCUAAGAAGUAAUCGCCACACCGGGACCAGAGACACACUACCGCAUCAGGACCAAUCAUCUAGGACCACCAGCCCACCAAUCGAUCGAUCCAGCACAUCGUGCGCGAGAUCUCCUACCGAAAGCCGAUCGUCGGAUAUCCGCCUCGCGUCUCUCACCCUCUUCAUUUUCCCCCGUGCCCGAUCCCAACUCUUUCUUCAUCCGUUCGAAUAAUCCGCAUUCGCAUUCAUGAGACUCAGGAUCAAUAAAACCGCUUAAAAGCAA